UUCAAUGGGGGCUGUAGGAUGAUCCUGUUGGGUGCUACUGCUCAGAGGGAAUCUAUCUGCAGUGGAACCAGAAAGGUCUGGAAGUAAAAUAACCAUGAGUUGUGAGCAAAGAAAGAGAAGAGUGGAAAAGGGAAGGGAUUGAACUGAGCAAUAAGGCCAAAGACCCCACUGCUUUUGAGGUUGUUCAGCUAAUUUGUUUCCAAGUUUAGAAGCCUUUGGGCUUCCCCCCCCCCUUCCAGUGGUUUUUGUUGUCCUUUUUGACAGGUGGGCUCUGAAUGGAAUGGUCCCCCUUUUGGAGUUGCAAUUUGCUGCUUGGAAGGUUAUGUUGAGGAAGUAAAAGAAAGGACAGAAUAGAAACUGCCCUUUUGGAGGGUCCUCCAUCCUUUCUUUUCCCACUUUGGCUGUUUACCUUGGGGGAAAUGGGGAUUGGGUUCAUUGUGGGAUUUGCUGGUCUUUGGAAUUUGUGGAUAUUGGCCUAAAGUUUGAUUCUUGGAGGUCAGGGACUUUUGUUCCCCUCGUUUCUUGGUUUUCUUGGCCUUUGUGACUUGUGGAGCAUCUCUUGUCCUAGAGGUUUUGGUGGGAGUAGUAGUGGUGGAUUUGGAACUGGCUUCUGGGGCUUUGCCGGUGGGGGGAGGUCUGGUUUUUUGGUUGGGUAUAUGCCCUAGAAUUGGUUCUGGGCUUGGAUUGGUGGCUUGGUAAUGUUUGAGUGGUUUGGAUGAGGAAGGUCUUCCUUGGAAUGGCUUAAAGUUUGGAUUUUGGGGGUAGGUUAGGGCUGAGAUUUCUGGUUUCUGGUCUGUGAUCGGGGUUUCGUGGAGGUGGGUUUCUUGGGGUGAUUCACUACUCUGAAACCUUUCAUGUCUUUUGAGGUAAAUAUUUUACAGGUCUUUCAACUGGUUUUUGGUUUCUGAAAUUGUUGUUAGUCUGAAACUUUCUGGGUUUUGCUUAAAUUUGGAUUUGUAGUUGGUUUUAGCGUGGUGGUGAUGGUUUCGGGAAUCCAGUCGCAGGAAUUUUGGAUUUGAAACAGAGAUUUAAAGCUUCGGGCCUGAACUUGCUGUUGUUCAGGUGAUUGGGCUCUGUGUUUAAUGAGUCUGUGCUUCAGUGAGGUAUAUCAGUUUCACUGAGAGAGUUGAUACCCCUGGAUUCAGGAGUCUAUUCAGAGGUUGGUAUCUAGGAUCCGUGGUCCUCCAGGCUUGUAUAACAUGCUUGUAGAGUAGUGUUCUUCUGGAGGUUCUCUAGGUGUAAAUUCUGUUUUCAAGGGUUGCUUAGGCGCAGCUAGGUUCUCUUUUAGGUUCUUCACCCCGUUCUUUCCUUCUUAGGUUUAAUAAGAUGGCUUGUAUGAAGCUGGGAUCAAAAACUGAUUCUUUCCAAAGGCAAGGACAAGCCUGGUUCUGCACAACUGGACUUCCCAGUGAUGUUACUGUUGAAGUUGGAGAUAUGUCAUUCCAUCUUCACAAGUUCCCUCUACUAUCCAAGAGUGGUCUUUUGGAAAAAUUAAUUGAGGAGAAAUCUGACCAUUCAGAGGGCUGUGUCAUAGAGCUACAUGAUGUUCCCGGCGGUGCAAAAGCAUUUGAACUAGUUGUUAAGUUUUGCUAUGGUGUGAAGUUAGAACUUACUGCCUCAAAUGUUGUGUACCUCCGCUGCGCUGCUGAGCAUCUUCAAAUGACAGAAGACAUUGUAGAGGGCAACUUGAUUUCUCAGACUGAAACCUUCCUUAACCAAGUAGUACUCCGUAGCUGGAAAGAUUCAUUAAAAGCACUCCAAACAUGUGAUGAUCUUCUGCCACAUGCUGAAAAUCUUCAUAUUGUAAGGAAAUGCAUUGAGUCAUUAGCUGUUAAAGCAUGCACAGAUCCAAAUCUAUUUGGCUGGCCAAUGAUGGAGCAUGGUAUCAUGCAAAGCCCUGGUGGGAGUGUCCUGUGGAAUGGGAUCAGCACGGGAGCCAGACCUAGACAAUGUCGUUCAGAUUGGUGGUAUGAGGAUGUCUCGUCUUUGAGUCUACCCAUGUAUAAGAGGCUGAUCUCAGUUAUGGAAUCUCGAGGCAUCAGACGAGAGAUAAUUGCUGGAUCAUUGACUUAUUUUGCCAAAAGGUAUCUUCCUGGACUGAAUAGACGUCAUAGUCCCGGAACUGUAGCUUUGACUGCUGCACCAUCUGAAGAAGAACAGAGACAUCUACUUGAAGAGAUUGAUAGCUUGUUGCCUCAUCAGAAGGGUGUGGCAUCAACUAAAGUUUUGUUUGGGCUUCUUCGCACUGCCAUGAUUCUGCGAGCCAGCCCGUCAUGCAUUUCUAACCUGGAGAAAAGAAUAGGAAUGCAGCUAGACCAGGCCACCUUGGAAGAUCUACUUCUGCCAAAUUUCUCAUACUCCAUGGAAACACUGUAUAAUGUUGACUGUGUCCAGAGAAUUCUUGAACAUUUCUUAGUCAUGGAUCAGGCAACUGGUGGGGCCUCUCCUGGUUUGGCUGAUGAGCAGCUGACGGGCUCGCCUUCUUUGACACCAAUAACUACUGUUGCCAAGUUAAUUGACGGGUACCUGGCAGAGGUUGCACCUGAUAUCAACUUAAAGUUGCCAAAGUUUCAAUCUUUGGCUGCUGCGGUACCUGAUUAUGCCCGACCACUGGAUGAUGGAUUAUAUCGUGCUAUUGACAUAUAUUUGAAGGCACACCCAUGGUUUACAGAGUCUGAGAGGGAACAAUUGUGCCGGCUGAUGGACUGCCAGAAGCUCUCCUUGGAAGCCUGCACUCAUGCUGCACAGAAUGAGCGACUCCCACUUCGAGUGGUGGUUCAAGUCCUCUUUUUCGAGCAGCUUCAGUUGAGGACCUCAAUUGCUGGAUGCUUACUUGUGUCUGACAACCUUGAUGGGUCACGGCCCCUAAGGAGUGGCCUUGCAGGCUCAAGUGAGGGUGGUGGAUGGGCAACAGCUGUUAGGGAGAACCAAGUCUUGAAAGUAGGCAUGGAUCACAUGAGGAUGAGGGUAUCUGAGCUUGAGAAGGAGUGUUCAAGCAUGAGACAAGAGAUUGAGAAGUUAGGCCGUGCGAGGAGUGGAUGGGGCGGUGUCCCGAGAAAGUUUGGAUUUAAGAUCAAGUCCCAGAUGUGCAGUGCUCAAGAGGGUUCUGUGAGCGAACAGCAGAAGACUGGGAGUGGAAAGAUUGAGAAGCUGCAGGCAAGACUUACCAAGCACAAGAAACAGUUGUCUACAGAUAUGUGAACUCUUUCUCUCCUGAUCAGCACCACAUGACCGUAAUAUUAGUUUUCUGUUAUUUUUUUCUUAGCAAUGUAACUGUGAAUUCAAUUGCUUUUUGUCUCUUUGAUGUUUGCCUUUUGUUUUGUCUUAGAUUCAUCCGAUUUGUCUGGUGAGAUGUGAAUGUAUGGUCCUUGAUUUUCCUUCAUGCUUCUUGAAAGUUGUAACUUAAUGCUGGAACUGCAAAUUGGAAAACAGUCCAUCUUGUCCUUGUCGUAUAAUUUUCUUCUGUAAUGCCACAUUAAUUAUUGAUAUUGCUGAAAAACCCAAAAUAUUCUUUUUGUA